AUGGUCGCUGGUACUGUGGGUCAUGAAAUCUUGUCUCCAGUCUCACCAUCGAGACUCUGGAAGGCAAUGGUGAAGGAUUCCCACAACCUCAUGCCCAAGCUCAUGCCUGAAAUCAUAUCAAGCAUUGUCGUUCUCGAAGGUGAUGGUGGGGUCGGCACAGUCAGACAGUCCAACUUCACUGAUGCCAUCAAGGACUUCAAAUACUGGAAGGACUGCAUAGAUGAGAUCGACGACAAUAACCAUUUGUUCAAGUACUCAGUGAUUGAAGGUGGUCUACUUGGGAAGAAAGUGAAAUCAACUACAUUUACACUGGAGUUCAAAGAUGGCAUCAAUGGUGGAAGUGUAUGCAAGUUUCACGGAGAGUUUGAGACUGUAGAAGGUAACCUGCCAAAAGAAGAUGAAACAAAGGAGAUGAUGGGAAACAUGGAGGGAAUGUUCAAGGCAGUAGAAGGAUAUCUCCUUGAAAAUCCAAAUGCAUACAUUUAG